CAAAACCAACAACUUCCUAAUAAAAAACCAAGAAAACUUAACCAAAACACUAGAGAUACUUUCAAAGACCUUGACCGGUUCAAAGCAUAUCCAAUAACUGAAGAUAUGGAACCAUACACUAGUGAUGUUACCCAAACCUGGUAA